CGACUCAGGGACCCGAACCAACCGGUGCCGCAGGACACCAAAUUCAUCCACACCAAACCCAACCGCUUCGAGGAGGUGGUUUGGACCCGCUUCGACGGCAAGGACAAGCGCUACCUCCACAUCGGCCUCAAGCCCCGCGUCCGCGACCACUACCGCGCCAACAAGGUCGCCUUCUGGCUCGAGUUGGUCCCCCACCUCCACAACCUCCACCAGCUGCCCCACGCCUCCACCACCACCCGCCUUCCCCCCCCCGGAC